AUGGGUCGCAGUCGUCGUACUAAUAAAUUGCACAUUCACCUCGAAAAUGAGCACUUGAUUAUGCAUGGAUCUCCACAUGAAUCAGCCGGCUGCGUUCUUCGGGGUGUACUCAAUCUUACGCUUAAAAAGCCUACCAGGGUGAAAUCCAUGAUGAUGCGCUUCACAGGAAAGAUGAGCAUUAGCUGGAACGAACCGGUUGGAAAAGGACACGAACGGAUGGUGAAGGAAGAAAAAAUUAUCAUGCACCACCACUGGUGGUUUCUACCGAUGCAAGCACAAAUGUAUCGUCUUGGCGCCGGAAGCCAUCCCUUUGAAUUCGAAUUACCCCUACCGGGUAAUUUGCCGGAAUCAACCCAGGUUGCCAAUCUGUACCUUGUGGAUUAUCAGCUCAAAGCGGUUGUGCAACGACCAACGUUUCUUCCCGAUUAUGUAUCAAAACGUACAUUGCAUCUGUCACGUCAGAUGCUGCCCCUUACACCUGACUUUAUGGAACCGGUUUCUCUGCAGAAUCAGUGGGUGGGUAAAAUCGACUAUGAAAUCAUGAUGCCCACCAAAAUUUACACACGCGGAGAAGAUAUCCCUCUGACGAUUCGAAUGACACCUUGCGUAAACAAUCUGAAAAUCCGGUUCGUCGCCUGUACCUUUAAAGAGUAUAUGACCUGCCGAGCGGCACACGGACUGUUUGGCGGAAAAACAAGGUCCCACAACCGCAUCCUGCGUUACGUACGCGAUGACAAUUUAAACCACACAUGUCGACGUGGUGUGCCCUGGUCUACUAUCCUGCAGGUACCCGUUCCUCGACUGCCUGACGAAGUUCAUUGUGAUGUACAAACAGAUGUGGUCCGGAUUCGUCAUAAACUCAAGUUCGUUUUAUCCAUCGAAAAUACGGACGGCCAUUUAUCUGAACUACGCGCCGUACUUCCAGUGACGAUUUGUGCCAUGAAGCUCGCGGGUCUACCAGCAUACGAAGAAACAUGGCAAUCGAUGCCUUACGAACCA